AUGGAUCCGAACUACAAGGCCCGGAAAGAGGCCUUUGUGUCCAACCUCUCAGGGAGCAACAUCCAAGACAUCAACACGGUCUCCCUCAGUUCUGUUCUCCUGUGGUCUGCACUCCAGUCGCGGCUGUCAUUCUUCACACCCUAUAGCCCUGCCGCCCUCAUAGUCGAUUUCCUGCUCAAUGUACUGGGCAUUCUGUUCGCGACCACGGCCUACUCGUCCAUGCCGCUCCUCCUGAACAUACUCCUAAUAUCCCCGGCGGCCCUCCUGUUUCUCACAAAGAAUGGCCCGCGUCCGGCUCAAAAAGCCAAACCACCCCGAAAACAAUCCAAGAAUGAUGGAUCGCAGAACAAAGAUGAGCCCCUACCGAUUCACCCAUUCUUGACGACAUAUCGCGCGGCGAUGAUGGUGGUGACCUGUGUGGCUAUCCUUGCGGUGGACUUUAAAGUGUUCCCACGACGAUUCGCCAAGGUUGAAAACUGGGGCACUUCCUUGAUGGAUCUCGGAGUUGGAUCAUUCGUCUUCUCGGCUGGUGUUGUGUCAGCACGCGCUGUGCUGAAAAACCGCGCAUCUGGCGCAGCAAAGGCUGGCUUUGCUCAGCGACUGGCAGGAUCUGUACGGCAUUCCAUUCCGUUACUUGUGCUAGGACUCAUCCGUCUGUGGAGUGUGAAAGGGCUUGACUACGCCGAACAUGUGUCAGAGUACGGCGUGCACUGGAACUUUUUCUUCACAUUGGGCCUAUUGCCGCCAUUCGUGGAGCUAUUUGACACUCUGACCAUUUUUGUUCCGUCUUACGAAAUUCUGUCCCUUGGCAUCAUGGUCAUUUAUCAGGUGGUUCUGGAAUCGACUGAGCUCAAGUCCUAUAUUCUCGUCUCUCCCCGUGGGACAGACCUUCUAUCCAAGAACCGCGAAGGAAUCUUCUCUUUCCUUGGCUACUUGGCGAUCUUCCUAGCAGGACGUGGGGUUGGCACUCACAUUAUUCCUCGGGGGACCUCGCCGACAAAAUCGCCCCAGCAGGCGCGCAAGUCCGUUCUUACGACAUUGGUGCUGCAGGUUGCCCUCUGGUCUGCCUUGUUCUACUUCAAUUCCACCUACGCAAUGGGCUACGGAGCCAACAUUAUGGUCUCGCGACGCCUUGCAAAUAUGCCUUACGUCCUGUGGGUUUCUGCAUUCAAUAGCGCACAGCUACUCCUAUUCUGCCUGAUUGAGACUGUUUUCUUUCCCGCCGUUCACCGCGCUGCUAACCAGGAAAACGAGGCUGAGCGGACAUCCCUGGCGACGAGUCAUAUUCUGCGAGCAUUCAACCACGGAGGUUUAGCGCUUUUCCUCGUUGCAAACCUGCUUACUGGCGCAGUCAACUUGACUGUGCCUACUUUGGAUGUCAACGCUCCACAGGCUAUGGCGAUUUUGAUUGCCUACGCUGCUAUUCUCACUGGCCUUGCACUUGCGAUGGAGAAAUACAACAUUAAGCUGCGUCUAUAA